AUGGGAGAACCAGGUGGUCCUGGAACGCCAUCACAACUACAACAACAACUUCAAGGAGGCGGUCAAGGUCACGUUGCAGGAGAGGAAAUAAAAGAUGGUCUUGCUGAACGUAAGCCCGAUGCAACUGAAAACGGGGAUAGUGAUGAAAACUCUUCACUGAACCAACAGGGUGAAGAAGAACUUCAUCAAACAGCAAAAGUCCAAUCAGAUAUUACGAACCUUUCCCUUAUCGCAAAGCAAUCCGCUACUCAAGAAAUUGCUGGACCCCAAGGUCCUACUGUUACUUCUACUACUGCUAUUACUACUAGUAGUCCUGCUGAUCCUCUUGGUACGUCGUCAGAAAAAGAAACACUUGGAGUACAACGUGGGAGUGAAAAGGAUGGACACGAUACAGUGGACUCCGCUAAUUCACAGAGCCAGAAUAUCAACGCUGAGGAACAGGCGUCUGAACAUACACAGUCUAAAGAAGGUAUUGAUACACAAUUAAAUGCUGAGAAUGGCACUACAACUGCAGGAAGUGAAUCAACAAACAACACAGGUGAUGUGGGUAAUACAGAUACAACCACCACCACCACCACAACAACAACAACAACACUUCCUCCUGAACUCACAAACAACAAGAAGGGUGAUGCAGACAGCAGCAGCAGUAUCAGCAGUUCUGUGUGGGUGCGUGUA